GGCUCUACUUACUCCUACAUUUUGGGCCUCUCCUCCGUAAGCUAAUGAUCUGAUGCUAUUUGUUCUUCGUCUCCUACUUCUUUUCUAAUUUUUUUUUCCUGCUCAAAGUUCUUUCUUUCUAUCCUUCUUGUCUACUUUAAAUGGCCAAUGCAUAUGGGUUCGUCUCUCCACCAGUUACAAGCCUGAGGCGGAGAAAUUUGCAUUUUUCCGGCUUUUGUCAAUCUGGGUAUUGCCAAUUUCAGAAAAUUCUGAGAAGGCUAUUUCUCUGCAGAGCUGUCGAAAGCCAGGAGAAGCAUGCUUCUGGGGUGGCGCCUUCUCAAUCUCGAGUGCCCAGGCUUGUAACUAAAGGGUGUAAGCUGGUUGGAUCUGGCUCAGCAGUACCAAAUCUUUUGAUCUCGAAUGACGAUCUUGCAAAAUUUGUUGAAACUUCUGAUGAAUGGAUUUCUGCUCGCACUGGGAUUCGUAAUCGACGGGUUCUUUCAGGGGAAGAUAGAUUGAUGAAUUUGGCUGUUGAGGCAGCAAAGAGAGCUCUUCAAAUGGCGCAAGUUGAUGCAAAUGAUGUAGACCUAAUUCUGCUUUGCACAUCUACUCCAGAGGAUCUUUUUGGCAGUGCUCCACAGAUCCAGAGAGCACUAGGCUGUAAAAGAACUCCUUUGGCCUAUGACAUUACAGCUGCUUGUAGUGGGUUUGUGUUGGGUCUAGUUUCAGCUGCCUGUCACAUAAGAGGAGGUGGAUUCCAAAAUGUUCUAGUAAUUGGGGCUGAUGCUCUUUCUCGAUAUGUUGAUUGGACUGAUAGAGGAACCUGCAUUCUCUUUGGGGAUGCUGCUGGUGCUGUAUUAGUACAGGCCUGUAAUGGCAGUGAGGAUGGCUUAUUUGGUUUUGACUUGCACAGUGAUGGAGAUGGCCAAAAGUACUUGAAUGCCAUAAUCAGUGACAAUGAAAUGGACCAUGUGGUGGGAUCCAAUGGUUCGGUAGUAGGCUUUCCUCCAAGACGUUCCUCUUACUCUUGUAUCCAAAUGAAUGGCAAAGAGGUAUUCCGCUUUGCAGUUAGGUGCGUGCCACAGUCGAUUGUGUCUGCUCUGGCAAACGCUGGUCUCACAGGAUCCGACAUUGAUUGGUUGCUACUUCAUCAGGCAAACCAAAGGAUCAUCGACGCAGUUGCAACCCGUCUAGAGAUCCGAGCAGAUCGUGUUAUAUCCAACUUGGCUAAUUAUGGUAACACCAGUGCUGCAUCCAUUCCCUUGGCAUUAGAUGAAGUUGUUCGAAAUGGGAAGGUGCAAUCAGGCCAUACGACUGCUGUUGCUGGCUUUGGGGCUGGCCUUACAUGGGGUUCAACAAUCCUGAGAUGGGGAUGAGAAGCAGUAUCUUUAGACCAAGACACCAGCUAGCAUAAGAGAAGAAGGAAUCGAUUCCACUGUAAUGCAUCUGCCCCAUUGUAAUGUAUCAGGGAGAUAGCCGAGGGAGAUGCAGUUGACAUCUUUCCUGCUUCCUUUCUGUGCUUUGGAUAUUGUAAUUUUUUGGGCAAUCUAAUAAUUUAAUUCUUU